GGCAACCCCCUCUCAGUGGAGUCGGCCGAUCCAAACGCGACGGGCAUGGGCUCGACCCGGUCCCACUAGGCCUGCGCCCUCCAUCCCUCUAAAUAUAUCUCCUCUACACAAUAUCUUCUUCCACAUUACUAAUGAAUACUCCCGCUUUAUUCGAGUGCCUUUUCAAAAAUACGGAUUAUCAGCGUUUUUCUUUUGAUUGUGAUUCUAAUUGUUUGUGCGACUGACUAUGCUUAGAUUAUCCUUUAGCCUAUCAUUAAAGAGGUCUCUUUAGAGUUGCGUUGAAGGAUUGAAUUAUUUGAACUAGCUUUGUUCUGCUACCAGACUGCCCACAUGUCCACCUCGAUUGGUCAUCCCCCGCGUCUACGAUACAAGGUGAAGCAUAUACUGAGCUCAACCAUGUUCUGCUGUGGACGAAAGAAAGAGACGAGGGAAAUUGAAUCGAUGUGUGAAGACAGACGUUUGAUUGGAGCCCCCUCACGCCCCAUGUUGAGAGGAUCACGCUUGAUGCCAGAAAUGGUAGUGCAAAGUGAUUUCAGAAAAGUAAGCGGUAUAUCGACCGAGAUAUUUCGCCAAAUAGAAGCUGUUGAGAAAGACUUCGAUCCAAGAGCUGCUGAGGCAGUGGAAAAAAGAGGAGAAAUGAUAAUUCGGUUGUUGGACCCUGCUUCGCUUGGUCGUGUUGGUGCAGAAGCCUGUCGCCGGUAUCUUCGCUCAGCAGACGCAAGCCACGUGGUCCAAUUUGUUGAGAUUAUUAAGCGGCCAGGUCAAACUCUGGGGCUUUAUAUACGAGAAGGAGAUCUCAUAACUCAGAGUGAUGGUGUAUUCAUUUCUAGAAUCGCCUUGGAAAGUGCAGUUUACAGCAGCGGUUUACUCAAGGUUGAAGAUGAAAUAUUGGCCGUUAAUCUGGUGGACGUUCGUCAUGUAAGCUUAGAUGAUGUUGUCAUCAUUAUGUCUAUUCCUCGCCGUUUAGUGUUAACCAUUCGGUCACGAAUAAGUGAUAGAAUGACUACUGCACGACCAGCAAUAGACAAAGUGCGACCACCAGUAGUUGUAGUAAAAAAAGAGUUUCUCGAAGAAGCUAAUGAUGAUUAUCCUGGAAAUAAUGAUUGGGUACGAGGUCCACCUGGAAGGACGCAAGUUCUGUUGGAGCAACAUCAUCCUGCAGCUAAUCAAAGACCCGAUGUUGCUCCAUACUAUUACAAUGUACAAGGUCCCCCGAAAUCAAAAGAAGAAGCUAGAAUGAUGUGGGAUGAACAAAGAGGCUCAGUACUUACCAGACAACCGAAACCUCAACCUAGUUUCCCAACAACAUUACAGUCAUUAGCAGAACAAGUUGGAACUCAUAACGUUCACACAUUUCAUGCAGAACCAAGUGAUCCCCGUCGAUUAUUCUUUCCACCCCAUCAGCAACAAAUCCAUCCCCGAAGUGAGCGCAGUUUGCCUGAUAGAUAUCGAUAUCUAGAUGACCCGAAUUUAAAAACCAGGCUUUUGCGAACAGAAAGUGAGCAACGAAUUUCAACUUUAGGAUCUGAUUCCUUUGAUCGAUAUUAUUCUCUUGGAAGACCUCUUAGGCGAUCUGGAUCUGGACUUUCUGUAACUAUGCAAAGAAGAGGCAGACCUAGAAGAGCGGCUGAUGAAAUUACUCAACCUCUUCAACAGCAACCUCUUGUACCACUGACCAAUCGGCGACGGCCGACAAUAGACGAUAGUGCUUCAGAUACUGAAGCAACAGAUAGUACUAAAAACGCUAUGGUGCAACGUCAACGAGGAGUUGCAAGACCCGCUUUCGCAUUCCCUAGGGCGUAUGGUGCUGGUGCAAAUCGUAGCAAUUCACUGCCAAGAGUUCGAAUGUCUGAAAUGGAUUUCCGCCGUUUUCAACAAAUAACGCAACAACAACCACCUACUAAUGUCCGAUUGUAUGAUUCACAGUCAGAUAGUGAUGGAGCACUUUCAGCUCCUGAGCUACCAGCAGCAAGCAGAGCAAGAAGAGACCGAGCUCGUCGAAUGACAUCGCCGAUCUUUACGUCUGCCGAAUACAGUCGAUGGUUAACAAGAGCCCCUUCCACUUCAGCUUUAUAUGAUCGUAGUAGAGCACCAACAGUCCGACCACAGUUACCCAGAAGCGCCCAUAGUGCUGAGUCUCUCUUAGAUAGACUGAAACAAGAAGAGCUGAGGGGAAUGGGGCUCCCUACGUCUGUAUCUACAUUAUACACUCGAAGACCGAUGCUAAGGUCAGCAACAGAUUUGGCAUCCGAGCUUGGAAGAAUAUCUCAUCAACCACCAAAUCAUCAAACUCUCCUAGGUCAUCCUUACAUUUUAGAAUACCUCAGACAAAUUCCAAAUCCUACACCAGUGAAAGCAUCAGAAGAACGAUUACAUCUUCUUACUCUAAAUCCCCGCGAAUUCCUCAAAUAUCGUCCAGAGAAAGAUUCUGAAACAGUACUAGGUGGAGAUGGAUUCAGUGGAUUACUCUGGGUUCAUCUACUAGCUGGGCGAGGUUUAAGAUCAACUAGCCAUAGCGAUCAUUUUCGUGAUUUAUACUGUGUGAUUGAAUGCGAUAGAGUGCACAAAGCAAGAACUGUCGUAAGAACAGGAGAACACAGUUUUGAUUGGGAUGAAGUAUUCGAGUUGGAACUUGUAGACAACAUAGAAAUUGCUUUUCUUCUGUACAGUUGGGAUCCGCAACUACGACACAAACUUUGUUAUAAAGGUUCUGUUCAUUUAUUAACCAUCCUACGUGAGUCUCCAUCCCAUAGCCUGGCACUGAAAAUGGAACCCCGUGGCACUUUAUAUCUUAAAUUAAGGUACAGAGAUCCUAGGCAAACAUUUCAAAGACUGCCAUCCCAAGUACCGAAUGGUGUGUUUGGCGUUGAUUUGGAAUCAUUGGUGAUUCGAGAAAAUUCUGGAUUUUCUGUACCAUUAAUUGUAAAACGAUGUGCAGAAGAAGUUGAAAAGAGGGGCUUGGACAUUGUAGGCAUUUAUAGACUAUGUGGAUCCGCUGUUCGGAAAAAAACUCUUCGAGAUGCUUUCGAAAGAAAUUCUCUUCUAGUUGAUCUAUCUAUAGAUCAUGUACCUGAUAUAAAUGUUAUUACCAGUGUACUAAAAGACUACCUUAGAGAAUUACCAGAACCCUUAUUCACCAAAGGUUUAUUCGAUAUGCUUGUGGAUGGCUUCAGUGUCUGUCUACCUGAAGAUCCUGAAGGAAAUGCAAAGCUUAUGUUUAGUAUCCUAGAUUGUCUACCCAAAGUCAAUAGAUGUACAGUGCUGUAUCUGAUGGAUCACUUAAAGCUAGUUACUAGCCACAGUGACCGCAACAAAAUGAGCAGUCAAAGUUUGGCAAUAUGUUUUGGCCCUGUUGUCAUGUGUCAUACAGAAACUGGAGCUCCAGUAGCUGAUCUGCGAAAACCAAUUGAAAUUUUCAAGUAUCUGCUAGAAAUUUGGCCUGCUAAACGAGCACCACCUCCUGGGAGUGGAAGUAGUAACUCAAGCGGCUCAAAUGGAGUUAACGAGGUUCAAUCAAACCGUGGAACUCAAGCAAAAAAGCCCAUUCCCUGGGUAGUCCCUGAAUCAUCUUGCUGACGAAGAGCUCAAAACUAAUUUAUGAUCAAUCCUAGAUAACAAAAAUAUAUAUAUAAAAAAAAAACCUGAAAAGUUAAAUUGCAAAUAUGUUUAAAGAACAUUGAGAAGAACAUAGUUUGAUUCAAGUUCAUGGUACAGAAGAGAACUUGAAAGCUUCCAUUCAAAACAUGGGAAAACCUCAUUUAUGUCCAGAAACUUAGUAUAGAAAUGCACAAACUAGAAACAAAAUUAUUUGGGGGAUAAAUCAAUAUUAUACUUAUUUUGUUUCAAAAUUUUAUUUACAGAUUGUUACACAUGCUACUGCUUUGCGUUGUUUAAGGUGCAGAAUAAAUAUUUUUGUGACUAGCUUGUGAAAAGGAAAGGUAUAAAAGCAGUAAGCCUGUGGCAAAAAAUCACAUUUUGAAUAUAAAAGUAGAUUAGGUUUCGUUUACAAAAGAAUCUAUGCAAAUAACUUUUCUUCUUGAAUCCUAAACAUAAUGUUUUAUGAAAAUGUUUAUUGUAAUCAAAAUAAUACAGAAUGGACAGCCUUGAUGUAUCUUUUUCCAGAACUGAUGGAACAUAUCACGUGUAGAAAGUUUCACUAAUCCAAAGAAAAAAAGAAAACUUAUUAAAUAGACUCUAUGGAAUGUCUCACUUAGAUUGCAGACUUAUAUGGUGCUGACAUCUUUUUUGUAAAGCUAAAAAAGAUGUGCUCCAUGGACUUAGUGCUCUGUUCUUCUCACGGGUAGUACUCAUCAAUUUUGACGGUGAAAGCUGAUCGUAUCAUAAAUUCCUUUUUAGUUCUGUCUAGCAGCAAAUUUCCUGAGAGAUUAUGUUGGUGUUAACUUCCCUACCCUCUACUGCAAUGUGCAAGAGCAGAAAACUUUGUUUUUAUUGUAUGAACGUAAAUAAAGUAUUCAUAUGUCCUCUAUGGUGCUAGAUGGAACCCAUA